UAGAGAUGGCGCUGUAACAUUCAGUUUGGCAUUUCAAGAUGUCGUCGGCCAGGCCAAACGCCCUUGGACUUGAGGGACCACUUAGCAAAUGGACAAAUGUCAUGAAAGGAUGGCAGUAUCGCUGGUUUGUGUUAGAUCAGCAGACGGGUCUACUAUCCUACUAUACAUCCCGUGACAAGAUGAUGAGAGGAUCAAGGAGAGGAUGCGUUCGUCUCAAGGGUGCAAUAAUAGGUAUAGAUGACGAAGAUGAUUCUACCUUCACUGUAACAGUAGACCAGAAGACGUUCCAUUUCCAGGCUCAAAGUGCAGAAGAGAGGGAGCAGUGGGUCACAGCAUUAGAAGAAACCGUCUUGAGACACAAACAAGCUCCAAAGUACGGACUGCCCCUCCCGCUAGCCACGCCCUCUGUCCAAGACUUUGAACGCAAGCUGUUCGAGGCCGACGCCUACCUACAGAUCUUGAUCGCACAGGUGGAAAGUCUGGAGGAUAGGAUCAGUAAGCUGGAGAACGCCGAAGAAAGGACUCACCAUGAGAAGUUGCGAGAAAAUGGGAAGGCUAUGAUCGAAUCAGUGAAGCAGGCCAUCGUUCUACUCCAGGUAGCAAAGAAUACAUUGAAUCCUGUGAAUGGUUUUCUUCAGCCAGAGAUGUUGUUAGAUGACGACGAUACUACCACUGCCAACGUGCCUUCUCAACACAAGAAAGGUAGUCCUGAUGCGAGCAUAGACUCCGCUGAAGAAGUCUUAGAAGCGCCCAUGCCUCACCGGACCCUUCACGGUCCCACCAUGGCGGCCACCGCGUCCCCCAUGACCACUGCACCCCUCCCAAUGACCCGGCACCCCCGUCAAGAAAUACCCGCCCUCUCCUAUUCGAGCUCAGAUGAAGACGACUUCUUUGAUGCGGAUGAGUACCAAGAGGGUGAAGAUAAUGACAAAGUAUUCCAUAGAAAUGCUGAGAAGGUUGAGGAGAGAUUGCAGACCAGAGCAAGACAAGAUAGCUGUCCUGAAGAAAUGGACCAAGAUGCCAUUGACUGUCAGAAGCACGGUAGCAUCAUCACCCAUCUUCUCUCUCAGGUUCGUCUGGGGAUGGAUCUCACCAAGGUCGUUCUUCCUACAUUUAUCCUCGAGACAAGGUCGUUACUGGAGAUGUAUGCCGACUUCUUUGCACAUCCGGAACUGUUCGCAGAUAUCUCAGACAUUGAUAACCCUAAGGAGAGGAUGGUCCAGGUUGUGAGGUGGUAUCUGUCUGCUUUCCAUGCUGGCCGGCAGGGCUCCGUCGCCAAGAAACCUUACAAUCCCAUCCUGGGUGAAACCUUCCAAUGCUACUGGGACCUCAAAGGAGAUAGCUCAGAUGAUUCAGUGAAGAAUGAAGUGCCGGACGGUCCCGUACCAUGGGCAGGAUCAGACCAAGUGUCCUUCAUCGCCGAGCAGGUAUCCCAUCAUCCACCAAUUUCUGCCUUCUAUGCCGAGUGUCCAGAUAAACAGAUGUCCAUCAACGGUCAUAUAUGGACCAAGUCCAAGUUUCUUGGUCUGUCUAUAGGAGUGGAGAUGGUUGGUCAAGCGUGUUGCUCCGACUUGAAGCACGAAGAGGAAUACAUCAUGACAUUCCCUAAUGGCUACGGUCGGUCAAUCCUUACGAUACCAUGGUUUGAGCUCGGGGGAAAGUGUACCAUCAACUGUGCCAAGACUGGCUACUCGGCGCUAGUCUCGUUCCAGACCAAGCCCUUCUACGGUGGCAAGAAGCACCGGGUUGUGGCAGAAAUAAAACAUGUAUCAGAUUACAAGCCUUUUGUAACAGUAGAAGGGGAGUGGAAUGGUGUCAUGACGACCAAAGGACCAUCAGGGGAACCUAUUGUGUUUGUUGAUACUAAAGAAAUGAAGGUGAAUAGGAAGAGAGUACGACCAGUAGAAGAUCAAGACCCGUAUGAAUCAAGAAAGUUGUGGAAGGAUGUUACCACAAAUCUCAAGACACAAGAAAUCGAAGCAGCCACAGAUGCCAAGCAUUUCUUAGAAGAAAGACAAAGAAGAGAGGCCAAGGAGAGAUUAGCGGAAGGAACAAAAUGGGAAACAAAGUUAUUCCACGAAGACGGUGAAUGUUGGAUCUAUGACAAUCCUCUCCUCAAGAGAACCAAAACUCAGAAAGCCAGGAGUGUGAAGAACGCCACCCCGUCCCCCCAGCACACCCCGACCCCCAAGGGCAAGCUGGGCAACCACCAGAACGGUAUCGAUGCUGCAUCACCCAGUCGGUCUUACCCCUCCCUAGCCCCCGCCCGGGUCCCUGCCUCAGCUUCCAGCCCUCAAAUAUCACCCUCUCAGGAACUCCAAGAUUUAUUACAAUGAGAGUGUGAUUGAGUGUUUCUAAUAUUAAGGCACAGCUUGGGAUUAAAACUCAUCUAACCUCCCUCAGAGAAUGACACCUAACCCUUGUCAGGAGAAUGGAAUGACCCGCAUCAAGCAUCCCACAUGUGAUUGUGGUCAGUUCCAUUUGAAGCAAAGGGGGGUCUGAGUGAAUGGAAUAUGCAUGGAUGGUAUCUAUGCCAAUAUCCUCUGAUCUGAAAAUGGAUUGUUACAUGACCUUUGACACUGUGUCAAAGGUCAAAUGAACUCUUGAAAUGAAAUAAUUAUUGUGGGAGUUGGCUAGAUAUUGCUUGAUAGCAUUUAUUUAUGUACCUACGUUGUAAUUUGUACUGGUACCUCUGAUAUGAGAGGUAUUCUGAGACUGUUCCAUUUGAAGAGGGGGUAUCCCAGAGCAGUGAUGGCUGGAAUCUUUUUGUAAUACCCAGGUAAGUCACCCCUCUAAAGAUAAUGGAACAGUCGUAGUUCUGAUGUAUGCAAUAGUUAUUACUUGACAAUAUCACAGUUAAUGAUAUUACAGUUGUACAUGUUUGACAAUACCUAA